AUGUCAACCGAAGCGCGUCGUAGACUUAUGCGAGAUUUCAAACGACUUCAAAAUGAUCCACCAGGUGGCAUCUCUGGUGCACCAUGUUCGGAUAAUAUUCUAUUAUGGAAUGCAGUCAUCUUUGGACCCGCUGACACGCCAUUUGAAGAUGGGACAUUUAAGUUGGCACUCCAAUUUGAUGAAAAUUAUCCUAACAAACCACCAUCAGUUAAAUUUAUAUCCAAGAUGUUUCAUCCCAAUGUAUAUGCCAAUGGAGAAUUAUGUCUCGAUAUUCUUCAAAAUAGAUGGUCACCUACUUAUGAUGUAGCCGCAAUUUUAACGAGUAUUCAAAGUUUAUUACAUGAUCCAAAUCCAAAUUCACCAGCAAAUGCAGAAGCUGCAAAUUUAUAUAGAGAAAAUCGUAAAGAAUAUAUUAGAAGAGUGCGAGAAAUUGUCGAGAUUCCUUAG